AUGCUGUCUGACAUUGUGGGCCGAGGAGUGCCGAUGACAAGAGCUCGUGAUAGUUGCGUUGAGAACGUUUCUUUCUUCUGUUUUUUUUUGUUAAACUCUCGGCGACACCGCGUUGACCUGUACUGCUAUGCAUUGCUUUGUUUUUCUUCUCUUUUUUUUGCAACCGUAUUGCUCUCUGUUUUCUCAUUUUCUAAAAAAGAAAAGGUCGAGUUGCAGCGCCGACACACGUUUACUCUCACAGAUAGCAACUCCUUUGUUCACAUAUAUAUGUAUUUAAAUGUUUUGUCGCACGCUUAUUAA